UUGAUUAGCUUCAUAUUUGCAUGAUAUUUGUAUAACCAAAAUUGUAUAUUAUGCAACUUGCGGCAUAUCCCCUAUUAUUCAUCUAUGAAAUGACAUCUCUAAUAACUCAUGUCAAUGUCAUAGAUUAAAGUAGUGUCACUGUCACGUCACAGUGGGGCACAGGUACCUGGGUGCCUAUCUGUUUCGUUAGUUUAUUUUAUUCUAUAAAGAUUUUCGUCUUCUCUUCUCUACAAUAAUAUCUUUUGUUGAUAAGACAGGAACAAAGAAAGGCCUCUAUUACCUCUGCACUUUGGUUUUAUAUGAAUGGCAGUUGGCUUUGAAAUGUAAUGGGGUGUUUACAUAGCAAAAAGGAAACUUCAGAUUUGCAUCCUAAUGUGUUCCGUGUUGUAAAUAUUGACGAAAAUGGUGCCGAUUUAUGCUCUGGUCAGCUGGAGAUUACAGAGUCUGAUAUCAUUUUGUAUAGAGAAGGCAGAGACUCUACAGUGUGGCCGUUGCAUUCAUUGAGAAGAUAUGGAUUUGAAGGGGACAUAUUCAGCUUUGAAUCAGGCAGAAGAUGUGAGACGGGGGAAGGCAUAUAUGCAUUUAGAUGUCGAAGAGCAUCUCUAUUAUUUCGCACACUACAGCAACAAAUUCAAUUAAGAAAUGUGAUACAUGAUUCUGUACCAUAUCCUGUAUCAAGAUUAACUCCCUCACCUCAAGGCAGGCAAACAUUGCAGGCAAGUGUAGUUCAUCGUUCUUCUAUAGAUAAUGGCCAACCUGAUAAUAAUCGACCUGUAAUGAACAAUAAUUUACCAACCAUUAUACCAAAUGCACAAGUUGCACGAAAUGUUUCUCAGUCUCCAAGGUCACCAUCCAGUGCAGAUAUUUUAGAAGUGAUGCCUCUGUAUCCACGGUCUCAAUCCAGUACAAAUCAAGUCACCAAUGUCUAUCAAUUAAGAGAUUUUAAGAGGGAACCCAAUAACAAUCAGGGUGAAAGUCUGCUGGAGAACCGUGCCCCAGAUAAUAGGCAUGUUUACUCAAAUGAUAUUAAUAGAGAUUUAGCAAUCCUACGGAAUACGCUGCGCCAAGAAACCGCUUUGAACACAAUGAGAGACAUUGAAGAUGAAACCAGAUUUCUUGAAAGUAGAUACAUGAAUGAUAAUGGUUCAAAUAAACAAAUUAACAGCCCUCUAUCACCAACAUUGAGUAACUCUAGUGAACAUUAUGCACAAUUGAGUUUGGAACAACAACAGCAGCAACAACAGUACCAACAACAGCAGCUGCUACUGUUGCAGCAGGAGUCUGCCAGGCUCUAUAUGAACAUUGUUCCCGUUGAUUCUAAUCUCCCAGAUAUCAGUAAGACUGAUACUGUCCCUACCACUCCAUUAACACCUAAACAAGUGGAAUAUUGCAAUCUAACAGUGGGGAAUAAACCAGAGAUAUUAAAUACAUAUGCAAACUUGUCUCUAGGUGAUUUGGGUGAAAAUGCUAAAAACGCCAAACAAAUAUUAAGCUUCUCUGCACCAAGUGAACACAAUCAAAAAUUUUCUGAGUCUGAUACAUUUACAUCGAUGUCACCUGUGGAGGAACUGGAAGUUAACUACGCGAUAUUGGAUAUUGAUUCUAAUAAGGAAAUCGUUAAGAUGACGCGAGAUUUAACUUCGCCAGAGAGCCAGUCCUUUAGCAGUUCAAAAAAUGAAAGUGUUGCUUCAUGUUCAUCUCAGCCUCGAGGACGUCUCGUUUCACAGUGCAGUGUAGAAAAAGUGAAUCUUGCCAACAACGCCACAGCUGCGCCAUCUGCUGCCAUAGGAUACACCACUAUUGAUUUUGAUAAAACGGUCGCACUGACAUCUGUAGCUGCUGGAACAGAUUGCGACGGAGAUGGUACUCGAAAAACUAGGCAUAAUUCAUGUAAUAUUAUUUGCGGAAGUCCAGCUACUAAUGAUAAAAACAAAAUAAAUAUUUAAAGAUUUGAGAGCUCUGCUGGAUGUAUUUUAAGUACAACUACAUACUGCUAUUUAUGAUAUCAGUAACCACUAACUGCAUAUUUAAUUCGAAUUGGUAUCUUAAAGCUAUGCACAAAUUGAUUUAUAGACAUAUUCUAUCAUGAUUUCUGUUUUUUCUGAUGAGGAUAUAUCGACUAUUAAGUAAAUUAAAGCUGUUAACGUGUGUAUAGUAUAUAAAUAUAAGGAUGCAAAGUAUUCUUGCAUAUUCGUAAAAAUCAAUUAGUGGAGGAAUUUGAAAAUGCCUCGUAAAUGGUGUAAGGUCGGCCUAAGCAUUUGACAUUAAACAUGCUUGACUAGUAGAUUUAUUAAAAGCUACAAGAGGCUAAAGAGUAAUGAUAUAUAGAUAACAAAACUAAUGAGCUGGUAAGAAAGACAGUAACAUACUGUAGUAAGUUUACAGUGCUUUAUGUGGUGAAAGUGUGCUCAGCUCUGUAGGUAGUUAGGUACAUGAAUUAAUGAUUUUCCCUAUUUUAAUUUAAAAUAUUAUAUCUAUCUGUAUAUUCUCAUUUUAAAAAUAUUCUUGCCACAAAAUUAAAUGUCAUAUAUUCCUAAUCAUGACAGAAUUAUACAGUGUGGUUAAUAUUUUCUUGUGGCAAUACUGCAUACCAUUUUUAUAGGAAACUCAAAAUAGUAUGGUUGAAUAUGGUACCUAAUUUGCCUAUCAUACGUAUAUAUAUCUAUACUAUAACAGUUUAUAGAAGAAAGAUUUGAUUUUUUGUUUGUUUGAGUGACAUCUCCUCCGAAACUACCGGGCCGAUUUGAAAAAUUCUUUUACCGUUGGAAUCCUACAUUAUAGAUGCUGAACAUAGGCUAUAUCUAAUAAAACAGA